AUAGUACAAGUUACCUGCGGGAAGGGAGGCCGCGAGGGAGAGCCCUUAGUGAGAGAGCGGGGCGAGCUAAAGCGGGAGCGCCCUCCCGGUCGAAGCGGGAGGUGGGGCUGCAGGCCAGGGACCGCCUGGCAUCGGGUCAGGGCGGGCAGAAAGCCCUCCCGGGCAGACCUCACAUUCCCCCUAAAGUGGGGAGCCCUUCGUGACGAGGGGGGAAGCUUCUACUAUUUAUGGUCUUGAGGCCUGAUUUCCCAUUGAGUUUAGCGUGUUAUCCUGUGGCGACGAGUUGUGUCAGUGGCAAUCAACUUCCUCUCGCCGAACUUACCCUGCUCUGAGUUGGUCUAGCAGGAGACAGGAUUGCCAGGGCAAGUUGGCGAGGUCAGCUGUUGUGAAUUGGGAGUGACAGCGUUCGAUAGAACGGCAUUCAACAUGAAAAAGUGCUCAUCGCUUAUUCUAAUUUCAAUCUUUAAUUCUUGCACGCAAAUUUCUCGAAGUCGAGAGAUUUGUGACAUUUAAUGUUCAGGAAGGCAACGCAAGCUCGACCAGAGCAAGGGGGAUAUACGCUUCAUCCGAAGAUCUUGGAAGAAUGUCGGGUCGCUAAAAGUGAGAUUCCACGGUCUAAAGUUGCUCUUCAACCUCUAUCGUGCCUAGAAUCCUGGAUGGAGAAGCACAUCCAUCCAGCUGAGUGGCGUGUCUCCGUUCAGGAAAAUUCCUUCCAUAUGUCGGCACCUUUCCUCCGCAGAGGAAGGAAAGAAUCAGGAGUUAAUGUCAAGGUGAUUUGGCGCUUGUCAAUGGCGAGGACUAUGGUUGUUCUCAGUCACCGAGACUAUGUUAUUGUUGUCCGCCAAAGGAAUGAGGAAGGGAAACUGAGUACAAUUUUCUGCGGCUGAUUCGCAUUGAGCAAACGAGUUUGUACUGUGACGUGAACCACCGAUCCGUCUUCUCACGACUGACUGACGAGGAAAGCAGAUUGAAAGGCGGCGGCUCUUCAGAUCAUGCAGUUGCAAGUGAGGGUUUGGAAGGCAUCGUUCAACAGACGAGAGCAAACCGAGCAUAGAUCGAUGAUGUAACGUGAUGUAUUGUGAUUAGCAAGUGACGGGCUGAAGAGCAGGCGUAGACGCGGAUCAUAUUUACAUCCUCCAUUCUGAUGUAUCUCUAAUUGAUAAUAUAGGUUUGAGGGUGCGACGGUCACGUUCUUUAGCCGAAAAUAUUUGUAAUCGAUUGGCUUACACUACGUUUGUCGGUUGUACCUUGAAGCUUCCUGUCUUCGGAGUUCUGUUCCUUGAUCGGUCGGGCAGGUUGAAUGGUAUUCCCGAGUCCGCGAGGUGUGGCGUCCGUGAGCUUCACUAAGUUACUUCGUCGUCGAGUGGUCGACCUCCAGACUAUGAAGCAACAAAAGUGGUGGUCGAACGAAGAAGAAGACAUAGUGAUUGAAAUUUCGGGGAGUCCGGAAAGCCUCAAAGCUGGGGUAGCUCUCAGCGGGAUACUUUCUAUUCGUAGGAAGAUUCUGGAGAUAGCCAUACUCCGGAUCACCGAGCAGAAGUCCCUAAGCAAAGUUUUGGACCUGAAGCGGGUGCCGUCGCGCAGCAUACGCCCAAAUCCAUACUUAGGCCGAGGCCAUGGGCCUUUUGACAGUUUUGUUUCUUCUCUCAAGAACGACCGCUCAGCAAAGGAGAUUUACGAUGCAGCUCGACAGCUAGCGAGCGACCCUACGGACAGCGCUGUAAGUUUGCUUGAAACAAUGGGUCUUUAUAUACUCUUUCAUGGCACAAACCACAACGUUAUGGAUAACAUAUUAAAAACUGGACUGCUUCCAAAUUUUUCGUGAGGCGGGGAGGAUGGAAGAUUGGUUUGGCGUACAUUAUACUACGAGUCUCCAGCACACCCGUUCUAGGAGUCCGAUGCCGACAAGCUGGCGUAGAGGGUGUAAGCUUCUCGCAUUUAUGGUCUUGCGGCCUGAUUUCCCAAUCUACGCUUAUACGGCGACGAAUUCUGUCAGCGGCAAUCAACUUCCUCUUGCCGAACUUACCCUGCUCUGAGUGGGUCUAGCAAGAGACAGGAUUGCCAGGGCAAUUUGGCGCGGGCAGCUGUUGUGAAUUGGGAGUGACAGCGUUGGAUAGAACGGCGUUCAACAUGAAAAAGUGCUCAUCUCUUAUUCAAAUUUAAACUUUAAAUUCCUUGCACGCGAAUUUUACCUCGAAGUCGAGAGAUUUUGUGACAGUUAAUGUUCAGGAAGGCAAUGGAAGCCCGACCAGAGCAAGGGGGACAUACGCCGCAUCCGAAGAUCUUGGAAGAAGAUCUUGGAAGUCGGGUGGCUAAAACUGAGAUUCCACAGUCUUAAGUUGCUCUUCAACCUCUAUCGUGCCUGAUGAUGAAUGAUAGUUGUUGUUAGAAGGUUCAACUACGUUUAACUCAAAAAUGUUGUUUUUUAAAAAGGACUUGAUGCAACCUUGCAUCACAAUAGCCAAACAAAAGAACAAAAAAAUGCUUAUAAUAAAUAUGAGUGUUGAAAAAGGAGAUAAAAAUACGUCAGAAGAUGACUUUAACUUAAUGAGAAGA